CCCCUCCGCCACCGCUUCUGUGAGCGCGCGGACAGGAGGCAGCCAUUACGCGAUCAGUUGUAACUUGUAAAUUAUUUACAACAGCCGCGUAUACCGCGUGAAAUUAUGUCUAUCAAUACUGAGAUAUUUAUUCAAACAGUGCAAAAUUAUCCAGUUUUGUAUGAUACAUCACAUAAAGACUAUAAAAAUAACAGAAUUAAAAAUAAAAUAUGGAACAGUAUUGCUGACAUAAUUGGACAAAGUGAUGGAGAUCAUUUAAAAAAAAAGUGGAAAAACUUGAGAGAUGCCUAUAGUAAGCAUCUUCGAACAUGCAAAACAACCACUGGACAAGCAGCAAAGCUUGUCGAUCGAUACAAAACUUGGCCAUGGGCUAAUCUAAUGUCGUUUCUACGACAACACUUAGAAUUUGCCGAGACUUCGUCAAAUAUUAUUGAAAACACUGAAGAAGCUGGCUCUUCCCAAGCUAUUGAUAGGACUUCGCCAAUUAAUACAACUCAGUCUGACACGCAUGUGCAUAGUUGGCGCAAACGGACGUCUGACGGGUCUCAGACACAAGUUGAUAAAGUUAUAGAAUUUAUGAAAAACAAUAGAGAAGACGAAGAUGAUAUAGAGUUACUUUUUAAAUCUUAUGCAAAAAAGUUAAAAAAAAUGUCUGAUCGCCGUCAAGCCCUUGUAAAGUUUGAGAUAGCCAAAAUAAUGUUGAAAGCAGAACUCGAAGAAUCUCAUGAGAUGCAGUUAAUAUCUGGUGAUGUAAGACAUUCGGAAAACAUGGUGUUGAAAGUAGAGCAGCCUCUAAGUAGUGCUGGCUCAUGUGUAGACGAUUCAAAAUAUAUUAUAUCGUCAUCGUCUCCAGCUUCUGAAAGCGAAGGAGAAAACAAAGGAGACAGAGAAUGGUUGCUAAGCUAAGCACAGAAAAGUUUUGGGUUGGCAUUUGAAUCACGCAUUAUAGGUAGAGGGGCGGGAACGGUGGCAUUUUGUAGGGGUUAGUUAUUCCUUUCAAAUGACACCUGAUUUGU